UUGCAGCCAAACUGGCGACCUUUACCCUCUAGCCGGACAAGCAUGGCGACCGUGCAGUUUUCUUCUGUGUGGUCAGAAGCUGACCCUAGCGAGCGGCCAGUGGUCAUCGUUGGUCAAGUGCAUAACCUGAAGAAGGUGUCUUGGGACAGCGUGCGAGGCAAGCUUCACCCAAGAGUGACGCCUGAGACUUUCAAGGAAGCUGUGAGCAGCCUGCACCCUUCCCCGACUGACAGCUGUUCUCUGUGGUUAAACAAUGCGACUGUAGCUGCCCUGCCCAACAAGGCCAGUCGACACAACACGCCGGCACACCCACAUGCCCUGACCAAGCUGGUCCGCAGCUGCAUGGCAGGCUGCAGGGAGGAGUGUGUUGUGCUGGUGUGUGAGAAGAGUGAAGUGUUUGCUGCAGGCUGUGCUGUGUCUCGGGUAUUUCCUUGUUUCACAAGGAAGUCAGGAGCAUCACAGAGGCGCAAAAUUGUGGUGGAGUUUGUCCUGGUGGGCGACGGCGAGAAUAAGACCAUCUCGGAGGAUGAGGCCAGCUGUCUGCAGGCAGCAUGUGACGCCGUACGUUUGUCGGCCAAGAUCGUUGACACGCCUUGUAAUGAGAUGAACACUGAUGACUUCUUGAAUGAAAUUCAGACGGUUGGGAGCCAGGUUGGGAUCACCCCUGUGAUCAUCAGAGGGGAGGAGCUGAGACAGCGGGGGUUUGGAGGUAUCUAUGGAGUAGGGCAGGCAGCCGACCAUCCUCCUGCUCUAGCCAUCCUGAGUCACAAGCCCACAGGUGCUACCCAGACUGUGGCAUGGGUCGGCAAGGGGAUUGUGUACGACACUGGAGGACUUAGCAUCAAGGGCAAGACUGCUAUGCCAGGCAUGAAGAGAGACUGUGGAGGUGCUGCUGCUAUUCUGGGGGCAUUUUGUGCUGCUGUCCUGCAGGGCUUCCAGGACAACCUUCAUGCAGUCUUCUGUCUGGCAGAGAACGCCGUGGGUCCACUCGCCACACGACCAGACGACAUCCACAAACUCUACUCAGGACGGACUGUGGAGAUAAACAACACGGAUGCUGAAGGCCGCUUGGUCCUCGGUGAUGGGGUGGCCUAUGCUGCCAAGGAUCUUCAGGCAGACAUCAUAGUGGACAUGGCUACCCUGACUGGUGCUCAGGGCAUCUCUGUGGGGAAAUACCACGCCGCCAUCCUUACCAACAAUGAGCAGUGGGAACAGGCGUGUGUAACAGCAGGGCGCAAGUCAGGUGAUCUGGUGCACCCCCUACCGUACUGCCCAGAACUGCACUUCAGCGAGUUCAAUAGUGCUGUUGCUGAUAUGAAGAACUCAGUAGCUGACAGGAACAAUGCACAGAGCUCAUGUGCAGGACUCUUCAUUGGUGCCCAUCUGGGAUUUGACUGGCCAGGGGUGUGGCUUCAUAUAGACAUGGCAGCACCAGCACAUUCUGGUGAGCGAGCGACUGGCUAUGGUGUAGCCUUACUGCUGGCUCUGUUUGGCCGGGCAUCAGAAACAGACCUGCUGCAGGCUGUGUCUCCACUGGGGCCUGUACAGGACAGGCAGGAAAACGCCUGCAAGAAACGCAAACUGGUGUGAUCAUGAGAGUCCACUCUUCAAUAUGGACAUGGAUGACACUGUUGUCCAAAGUCUUCCCAAUUUUCAUAAAAUUUGAAAUAUUUGUUUAGAAAUUGAUUAAAUAAUGGAAUUUAACUCUUACUGUUACAGUAGUACUUCAUAGAUUUUGUGGUUUUGUUUCUUCUUGAAGAAAUUGUAUUAGAAAAUUGCAAAAACACCUGAAUUUACGAGCGUAUAGAUGUACCAAAUCAUGGCAGAUAAUUGUGCAGUGUAUCAAUGACUUCCACCCGGCAGGAUAGUACAAUGUACAUGUAAGAAUACAUGUACAAUUAUGUAACGUUACAUGGACUUAUUUACACCAGGAAAAUUGGACACCAAACCCUGCUCUUCAAAGGAUUACUAGUAUUCCAAACUAUAUUUUCAACAAUGAAUAAUGGCAUAGAUAGUGGCCAAUAAUUCGAGGUUUGCACCAAACAUACACCCUUGUCCUACAUGUAUUACAGA